AUGACUGGGAAAUCCAAACUUUACUACUUCAAUGGAAGAGGACAAAUGGAAUCCAUACAUUGGCUGUUGGUGGCAGCUGGGGUCGAGUUUGAAGAAGAAUUUUUGGAAACAAGAGAAUAUGAAAAGCUACUACAGGAUGGGGCCCUGAUAUUUCAACAAGUGCCCAUGGUGGAAAUUGAUGGGAUGAAGAUGGUGCAGACCAGAGCCAUUCUCAGCUACAUAGCAAGGAAACACAAUCUCUAUGGAAGGAGAGAGCAAUGUACAGUUGACAUGUAUGUGGAAAGAACAAGAGAUCUGAUGGAUGUGAUCAGGGUUCACCAUAAAUUACCCCCCAAGGAAAAGGAGAAGAAUCUUGCUUUAAACAAUGAGAGGGCCACAACCAGAUACUUCCCAGUUUAUGAAAAGGUAUGUGGCAGUGAAGGAACAAUUUACAGUCAGCACAAAAUGCUGAAAGGAAAACUCGUGAACUUGUAACUGUAAUAAACAAUUUUCUGGCCACUAAUCUGGUCUUUAAA